AUGGGAAUCUAUGAUCAUGGAAAGCUGCUUAUUACGCGGCAGGAAAAGCGGUAUACAACGCGUCGGAAGCAAGGAGGCGCACAGCGGAAGAAGGAUAAUACGACUGGCAAAGCGAGGAGCAUGGGAGCGCGUCUUCGCCGUCACAACGAGGCGUUAAUGGAAGAGUUUGUGCGAAAGACACUGCGCGAAAACAAGGAAGAAAUCAUGAAGUGCAGUGCGGUGUUCAUAGGUGCUACGAAGCUGAAUUUGUAUUGUUUAUUCUUCGAGGAAGGAUGUCUAGACAGGAAUGCCUCGAUCAUUCGCAAGGUUCCGUUGUUCUAUAAGCGCCCCAACUUGACCGAAAUGAAUCGCGUGUACCUCCAACUGGUAACAGUGACGCUCUCGCCGCUCGAUCUUUCUCCAUCAGAGCCAAUUCCUGUGGAUGUUGCGACGGUGCCAGAGCCCGAGGCAGAGAUUGUUUCCGUCCCCUCUGCGAAUGAGCCGAUCGCAGAGCAAAAGGGGGAGGAGAAGGAGAAGGAGAAGGAGAAGGAGAAGGAGAAGGAGGGUGUUGCGGACAGCUUCAAUCCUUUGCUUUUGGAAGAUGCUUGUUUGAUACUCGGAUUUGCUGUGAGGGAAUAGAUGUGAAUUUCUGGAAAGCGGUGAACGAGUCAGACAUGGCUGCGAUCCGAGUGAUUCUAUCGGAACGUCCUCACUACAACUAUUUAUGGUGCGAAUCUAGAAGCGGCUUGAUCGGUAGGAAUGAGGACGGAGAGACACCGCUGCACGUUGCAACGCUUACAGACAACGUCGAAAUGGUUCUACUUGUUGAUGGGGUGGUUAUUGGCAGAUUACGGUCUUGCUGGAGUGUGGCAGCGAUCCCACGAUUCGUGACGAGUUUGAGCGGCUUCCCUAUCCGCUGUGUGUUUCAAAGAACGCUCGGGAAGCCUACCGAGAUUACCGCGGAGCUCAUCCAGACCAAUACAAGUGGGGAGAAUCGGCUGUGCCUGAACCCAUAACGGAGGAGCAGAAGCAGAAGCAGAAGGAAAAGCGAGCGAAAGCAAGAGCAAAAGCGAAGGCGAGAGCCAAAGAAAAGGCGAAGGAGAAGGCGAAGGAGAAAGAAGCUCAGGCAGAACCCGUUGUGGACGUGAAAAAGGUGAACGACUCCUUCACAGAUGAGAGUAAGAGGAAGCUCGAUAUGAAGGAGCAGGUCAGACCGAGUCCACUGUAUAAAAUGUAGUUAGAGUUGUCGAAUCGACUGCAUCGGAUCGCCUCCCGCCUACAGGUCACCUAUCGAACCUUGGUGACAUAUCUGUCCCAAACACCCGGUUCAAUGAUAGAAAAGGUUCAGAAUUUGGAGGAUGUGCUGAAUAGUGGAAGUGUCCCUGUAGAAAUAAUAUUGGAGAAUAUGAUGGGUUUCUAAAUCGUUUU